GUACAAUUAGUGCCUUAUUAGAAAAUAAUAUUGCACAUACCUGGUAUAUUCCUACUUUACAAAUAGCAGCUUUCUGGUUAUGUAAUAAUGACAAUUUCUUCAAAGUAUAUAAUUAUUUUUAUAAUAAAGGUAAUAUUAAUAGACCACCAUUAGUAUUUCCAAAUACAAGAAUAUUAUUAACUUCAGACAAUAAUAUCAGAUCAAUGUCAAAUAACUUGCAACCUACUGAGAUAAUAGUUCCAAAUACAAAAACUUUACUAUUUCCAGAAUUGUUUCCUUUAGGACAAAGUCAUUAUACAGAUUACAAAUCAUCAUAUAAUAAUAGACCAAAUAUUGAUACAUUAGUUAAUUAUAUUUGUUUAUGUUGCAAUAUCCAGAUUCCUGAUUUAGAUUACAUUG